UGGGUGCCUUUUUAGCGCCACACGCGCGCGCGUGAGAACGCCGACAGCUCGGUGCCGACAGCUCGGUUCCUACAGCUAACGCAAAUCCGUCCCGGAGUGAAGACAUAGUCCACCUAUUGGAAUACAUACAAAAUAUGAUAAAUUAAGGAUUUAUCCGCACGGGAGUGACUGGGGAUCGAAUCGGAUCUUUUGGAUGGUUAUUUACUACGGUGUCCGACUGGAAUGUAUAUUAUGGUGUAUGGUUCAAUGAAGAAUGAAUGUUGUGCGUCAACUUCGCAUUGCUACCACCUUGUUUUGGUGACUUUGAGGAAUCUAUACCUUUUGAAUGCUCACUCGGAUGAGAGCAAAUGGAAUCGGGCGUUAGGGUCAUCCUCCUAUCUCUCUCAUAAGGGGGACAGGUCUCCCUUGUAUUUGAGACGUUCUAUUUCCAUGGCAUCCCCUGUACAGUAUACUUUUAAAGAAUAGGAGACUAACGAGGAUAUCAACAUCUAGCUCCAUCCCACACCACAUGCCAUGGAUCCCCUACCAGAGUACUCCCUGUUCCUAGUCCGGAUCCUGGAGGAACUAGACACUAAACACAGUAGUGUGUCCUACCAGGAUCUCUGUAAGUCCCUGUGUGCCCGSUUUGACCUGGUCCACUUGGCCAAGCUACGGAGCCUUCUGUUCUACACAGCCUGCCUGGACCCAGCCUUCCCUGCCACUCUCUUCAAAGACAAGAUGAGAUGUACUGUUGAGGACCAGCAGUCUAAGAAACUCAUGGUGGCAGCGGAUAUCGUCACUAUGUUUAACCUAAUCCAAAUGAACGGGGGGAUCGCCAAAGAUAAGCUCCCGAUGGCACCACCGAGGCKCAAGUUCCACAAGAACCAGUCGUUUGAGUCAUGCAGGUCCGACACUGAUGUUUAUAAGUACCAGGACUAUGAGAGGGGCGGCGGUUAUGACCUCAUGGAUCAACCCUCCAGGGCGGGUCACCACCCCCACCAUCGCCCCAUGUCCCAAAACAACUCCUCCCACCCCCGCCCACACCCCCAUCCCCACUCCGCAAGCUCGAAAUCCAACUGUAACCCUCAGUUUAUCCCCACCUCGGACCCUAACUUCCUAUUGGGCGUCAACAAGGAUCUAAAAUGUCGAGCAGCGUCGCUAGAUAAGCUGCAACACCUGCCCCAGUACUCGAGCUGCAGUCCUCCCUCYCCGCCCUGCGAGAUGCAGAGCACCUACUUUCCCAUAGACAUUGACAGUGAGUCCACCACAGACCAGGAGUCCCUGCAACACAUCAACCACACGGAGCCCUUCUCUGUCCACUCCUGUGUCCAGAAGAGAAACAUCUUCAAGGAGGAUUUUCACAACCUGCUAGCGUUCUCCCCACAGGUCAUCACCUCAGAGUCCAAACCAAACGUCAGGGCAACUGGAGGCUACCACCGAAGAGAGCUYCACAAACCUGCCACAUUCUUCAACCACAGCUUCGAGCUGCCCUACAGUAACCCCUACUUUGAKCCUACUAUGAACUCGCCCAUUCAGGACAAACGGCGAGCGAAGCACGAGAGUCUGGACGACCUUCAAGCGUCUACGUAUUUCGGCCCAACGACAGUGACGGAGUGCGUGAACACACGGAGGAGUACGGCUAGGCCGGGGAAGCAGCCAAUUUGGCCCGUGAAAAGCCUGAGUCUGAAUGCUGAAGAAGGGCCACCGGAUUUCGAGAGGUCAUUUCUGAACGGGAAACCRCUGAAAGACAACCAUCGCCACAAUGUAGUCAAUAAAGAGAAUGAGCAGCACUUCCAGUGUGCCAAAGAGAAAGUGGUGGCCUCCCCUUCAGGGUUCGCAAAGAAAACCAACGGGUUGAAAACAAAGGAAAUGUCUUCAAUGGCGUGCGGUCCCGGGGUGGGUGUCGACAAAAGAGASGUAGGGAAAAUAUUUAAAGAGAAAGGCAUCAACAGUACGUCUUUUCAAGGAGGUAACAUAGACAGCUCGUCCAGCGUAGGGACACAAACGGAGCAGGCCGAACAGAGGAAGCUAAAAGACUAUGCCGCCGCUCRCGCAAAAUACGUCGAGAGAGAGAGGCACUCGUGCAAACAAUCGGAAGAGGACUCUGAGAUCAUCAGCGAUGACAUCAGUGACAUCUUCCGCUUCCUUGACGACAUGAGCGUGUGCGACUCGCUGGGCAUCAUCCAAUCGUCGUGCUACAACAGCAUCGGAUCUCUCUCUCAGGUGACCAUGAAGUCUGACGGCGACAGCUCACCCGAAUGCAACACGGUCAAACUGGCCAAGUCCAAGCUGGACUGCCUCUUUCACUCCCUAGAGGACACGGACGACGAGCUCAAAUCGAGCGUGUGCAAGCUUGUUAUGAGGAUAGGUGAGAUCGAGAAGAAGCUGGAGUCUCUGUCCGGAGUCCGAGGGGAGAUCUCGCAGGUGCUCUCCAAGCUCACCAAACUCGACGAGAAGAUCCAGGAACCCGAAACCAACGGGAGACCAGGCGAAAACGCUUUAGCCACCACUUCCACCACAGAUCACCUUCACCCYGACCCCAACCUCUCACCCCAUGUCUUUCAGUGCCACACGACAGGCCACAACAUCAAGGUGGACAACGGAUCAGUGGAGUGGGGCUGCUCAGACAGUGAGAGUCUGAGAGUCAAGGCAAUUAAGAAAAGUAUGUUCACGCGGAGGUCGUCACGCUCACUCAAUGAGGAGAACAGCGCCACGGAGUCAAAGGUGGCGAGCAUCACCAACUCACCACGGGACUGGAGGACGGUGUCGUAUUCCUCGCACUCAUGGGGAUGAGGGUAAAGACAAGGACAGAGACAGAGACCGAGAAAGGGACACCAAGGACAGACACAGGAAAGCCAAAGAGGUAAGAAAAAUGGUUUACAUUUCUAACACUUUUCACAUUACACCAACAUUAGAUACUCUGUGUUUUUUGGGCUGUUUUGAUGUAAUAUGAGAGCAUAUUUUCUACACAAAGCGUCUCUGGGAGAAAAGCGCUAUUAAAAUCCUAUGUAGUAUUAUUAUCAUUACAGAAACAUGACAAGAGUAAUCAACAAGGUAAGAACAAUGGAAUACAUUUAUAUAAGUCCUUUGUAAGUGCUGGACCGCACUGUACGUGUUCAAGAACAGACAAAGAAAAGUAUUCAC